UUACACUAGUUUCAUAAUGGUCGCCCCUUAAAAUAAUCGGGGGGAAGGAGACAUUUAUAUAAAUCUAUACUUAUAUUAUACAAUUAUGGGCCACUGUAAAAGAGAGACUUAGUUUGUAAGACUUAAUAUGCUACGUCAAAUUUUAUCAAAAUCUGGUAAUUUUUAAGUCUACUGACUAUUUCUCCUCAAGUGCAUAGUCCCCAUUGAGAUCACCCCGUGAACACAUUACUUCAAUAUAGGUGCAAUAUUUGAUGUACCACGAGUGAGUAUAUUUUUCAUGAGAGGCGGCUUUCUCGCUAAUCUUUUUUUAUUCUCUUUUUUUUUAGUUUCAGUUUUCAUAGUAAAACCAAAAAAUAUACUACCUGUGAGCUAUAGCUUUGCAAGCCUUCAAUAUUAUAAGUGUUCUGCCCCUUCAUAUAGAAAUUGCCCAGAAGGGUCAGCAUUGUGGCGCCGUAGAUUAGUGGUUUAUAGCUCUCGUACCCUGUGCCGGGAGACCGGGGUUCGAUUCCUCUUCACGGCGAUUCAACAUGGUUGUAUUUAUUUCAUGCUAAAAAAACUAAUGGAAACUGUAGCUAAGUAUCGCUUCAUUGAUAUUGGUAUAAAUUUAACAGAUCCUGUAUUCCAAGGUAUUUAUCAUGGUAAAAAAGCACAUGAAAAUGACAUGGUAAAUGUUCUCUCUCGAGCUGAAGCUGUAGGAAUCAAAAAAAUGAUAAUAACUGUUGGUCAGCUGGCAGAAUUUCAACCAGCACUUGCCAUGUGCAAGACUAAUCCUAUGUUUUACACUACAGUUGGUUGUCACCCAACCCGAUGUGGAGAAUUUGAGAAAUGCAAAAGUCCUGAGGACUAUUACCAGAAUUUACUGAAGGUUGCUCUUGAAAACAAAAAUAAAGUUGUUGCUAUUGGAGAAUGUGGCUUGGAUUACGAUCGUGAACACUUUUGUCCUAGAGAAACUCAAAAGAAAUACUUUGACAAGCAAUUUGAACUAGCAGGAGAAACUAAAUUGCCAAUGUUUUUACACAUGAGAAAUGCUGGCUCCGAUUUUGUUGAUAUUUUUAAGCAGCACAGGGAUAAUAUUUUUGGUGGUGUAGCGCAUUGUUUCACUGGUACUGUAGCUGAAGCUAGAGAAUUAAUGGACCUUGGCUUGUACAUUGGGAUUACAGGUUGCUCUUUGAAAACUAGUGAGAAUCUAGAAGUGCUGAAAGCCAUACCCUCUGAAUACCUAAUGAUUGAAACAGAUGCUCCUUGGUGUGAGAUACGAAAUACACACGCUGGAUCUAAAUUUGUCAGUACACAAUUUCCAACGAAGAAAAAAGAUAAAUGGGUCUCAGAUUGUUGUGUAAAGUCUCGAAAUGAGCCUUGUCAUAUUAUACAAGUUCUAGAAGUUAUGGCUGGUGUAAGAGAGCAAGAUCCUAUGGAGUUAGCGGAAAUAAUUUAUGAAAAUACUGAAAAAUUGUUUUUUAGGAAUAAAUAAUUAAUCUAGA